AUGUUCGAGAGAAUCUUCAGACCAAGUAAUCUGACGGAAUCAUUGCUGCCAAUUUUGUUGUGCAAUUGGAUAUUUGGUAACCAAUUAAUCCAAUACCCUAACAGGAAUUUUAUAUUUUUGCAAAAAUUUCCGUACUUUAUAUUUAUAAUAUGUGUUUACACUGUUUCUUGGAGCUUUUCUCUGGUGUACUUUUUAAGUGAAACGAUAGUGACUUAUCAAGAAAACCUAUAUUGGAUCGUCACUGGUGUCAGCCUUUUGAUAUUUUGCAUCAACAUAAUUCUUGGAUUGCUUUUCAAAAAGAAAUCACUGAUGAUUUAUGACAGAAGUUUAAAAGUCGACAAAAAACUCGAAGAUUUGGGAGUUGCAGUAAAUUGCCAAAAAACUUUCAGUUACUCAUUUAUUGUGACAAUUAUUUUCAUAAUUACCGCGUUGCUGCUUAAUCUAAUGAGUGUUCUUUGGAGCGUUUCUUCUGACGAUGCAGUAGCUGAUACUUUUGCCAUAUUUGCGUUGAACCAUCCGAUUCACAUGAAUUACCUUUUCAGUUUGACGUAUUGCGUGUUGAUACGACACAUGUGUCUCAGGUUUCGGAAGAUCAACAAGGCACUUGGGAAAUUUAUAACACUGCAAAGUAAUGAUUCAAUAUUAAUUGAAAAUAAUGAAUCAAUAACGGAGAAUCGCAUUGUUUUGAGCCAAACUUCGACACGGCUAAAUCAUAAUCUUCGGAUACUCAAAAAUAUUCACUUGGAGUUGACAUCACUUUGUGAAAAAAUCACUCACAUAUUUGGAGUUCAGCUGAUAAUGACCAUAGUUUCUUCAUUUGUAUUAAUUACAUCCUUAUCUUAUGACUUGUACCUGACGGCUCGCAACCCAAAAGUCAUUAAUUCUGACAAAAUUUAUGAAAGUUUUAUUCUUUCAAGCUGGAUGAUUGUUAAUGUUAUUAACUUUCAAUUUAUUAAUUAUAUUGCUGCUAAAACGGUACAUGAGUGGAGUCAAACUGGAAGAAUAAUUCACAAUUUAAAAUCAAAGUCUGAAGACACUGACCUUUGUUUGACAAUUCAAAAAUUUUCUCUGCAAAUGUUACAAAAUCCAUUAAAAUUUUCCCCGUGCGGAUUUAUCGACCUGGGCUUUCCAUUUAUGCGCGACUUUUUUGGAACAAUAACAACAUAUCUAAUUAUUCUUAUCCAAAUGGCGCCAAAU